AUGUCUGCAUCAUAUGUUUCCCCGUUGGCUCAGCCAAUCACCCUCCCGCUCUCGGGCAAGAUCAUUUCCAACCGGCUCUACCGCACACCGCUCAGUGAAUAUGCCGCGACGCACGACGACAAGAACAUUGAACUCUGUGGAAAGCCGCUGCCCCGCUAUGCCGAACUCUACCAAGAGAUGGCCGAUGGCGGCGUCGGUCUCAUCUGUACGGGCAACAUUCCCAUCCACCGCGAGCAUUUAGAAAACUACAGCAACGCCGUACUGGACAUGAACAACCAAUGGGACGCGGUGGCGGCGUUCCGGCCGGCCGUGCAGGCAGCCAAGUCGCGCGGCGCCCUGUUUCUCGGCCAGCUGCAGUUUCCCGGCCGCCAGGUCCCGAAAUUUUUAAAUGCCCACCCAAAGUCAUCAUCCAACGUGCAGCUGCGGCCGUGCCUCGAUAAGACGUACGGCAAGCCCACGCCCCUGACGCACGCCGAGAUCCAGGAUAUGAUUCGGCGCUACGUCUGGGCCGCGUCGGUGCUAGCCGAGGCCGGUGCCGACGGCAUUAUUUUACAUGCAAGCCACGGCUACAUUAUCAACCAGUUUUUGUCGCCCCUUAUUAACAAGCGCACGGAUGAGUACGGCGGCACCCUGGAAAACCGCGCCCGGUUUGUCCUCGAGAUUGUGCGGGCCAUCCAGGCCAAACUGCCAUCUGACGGCUUCGUCAUCGCCGCCAAGCUCAACUGCCACGAUUUCAUCGAGGGCGGCACCAGUUUUGCCGAGAUGUGCGUCGUCGCCAAGUGGCUUGAGCAGGCCGGCGUCGACUUUUUUGACAUUUCUGGCGGUACCUACGAGUCGCCCGCCUGGCGCGGCAACAUUAUGACAGAGCUCGGCACGCGCUCUUCGCAGCGACUCCGCGGCAGCUACUUUAUCGAGUGGGCGCAGGACUUGAAAAAGGUGCUGUCGCGUGCCGUCAUUGGCACCACAGGCGGAUGGCGUGACGGCUUCCGCAUGGCCGAGGCCGUCGAGCGCGGCAACAUUGACCUGUGCGGUCUGGGGCGCCCGCUGCGGGCGGAUCCGCACUUUGUGCAAAAGGUGCUGCGCGGCGAGACGCGGAUCAGCAGCAAUUUGUAG